AUGUGGUUGUAUUUUGGUGUUGUGGCGGUACUUUUGGGUGUUCUAAAUUUGUUCUUGAAUUACAAUGCGCAAGCUCGGAUGAUCAAGAAGCUGCCUGGACCAAAGGAUGACUUUAUUGUAGGAAAUGCAUUUAGAAUUAUCUGUGAUCCAGUGGAAUUAAUGAAACUAGGAAGAACCUUCGCCAAGAAAUGGAAAGGAAUAUACAGGAUCUGGGUGUACCCUUUCUCUGCUGUAAUUAUAUAUAACCCUGAAGAUAUUGAGUUGAUCAUGUCCAGUAUGAAGUACGGUGAAAAAAGUAUGGUUUACAAAAUUUUGCACCCGUGGUUACAAGAUGGACUUUUGCUAAGCAAUGGCAUAAAAUGGCAAGAAAGAAGGAAGAUAUUGACGCCGGCCUUUCAUUUCAACAUUCUGCGUCAAUUCUGCGUCAUCAUAGAAGAGAACACUCAUCGUUUGAUAGAUCAGCUGAAGAAGACAGCAGGACAACCCGUGGAUGUAGUGCCUAUACUUUCUGACUUCACACUCAAUUCUAUCUGUGAAACUGCAAUGGGCACUCAACUAAAUGAACACUCGACGGCCACAACGUACAAAAAAGCGAUUUAUGAUCUCGGAAACAUAUUUUAUCAUAGAUUCAUUAAAAUUUAUUUAUACCCUGAAUUUAUAUUCAAUGCUACAUCACUCGCACGAAAACAGAAUAAAGCUGUGAAAACAGUACAAAGCUUUACUGAAAAAGUUAUAAGACAAAGAAGAGAAUAUGUGAAAGAACAUGGUUUUGAUAUGUUCAACCAGAAUGUUGACGAUGAUGAGGUCUAUGUGUACAAGAAGAAGAAGAAGACUGCCAUGUUAGACCUCCUUCUGUCAGCAGAACAAGAAGGGCUCAUUGACAAAACUGGUGUACAGGAAGAAGUUGAUACUUUUAUGUUUGAAGGACACGAUACUACUGCAUCAGGGCUUACUUUCUUAUUUAUGUUGCUCGCCAAUCAUCCAGAAAUUCAGGACAAAGUUGUAAGUGAACUCAAUGACAUAUUCGGAGACUCGCAACGUUGGGUCUGCAUGAACGACUUGCCAAAGAUGAAGUACUUAGACCGGUGUAUUAAGGAGUCACUGCGUAUGUACCCGCCGGUGCACUUCAUUAGUCGGAAACUGAACGACGAGACAGUAUUAAGUAAUCACACAAUACCUGCCAGUACACUGUGUCACAUACCAAUAUACGACCUGCAUCAUCGCGAGGAUUUGUUCCCGAACCCUGAAGUCUUUGACCCUGACAGGUUCCUGCCAGAAAAUUGUGAAGGAAGACAUCCUUAUGCAUACAUACCGUUUAGUGCUGGACCCAGAAAUUGUAUAGGCCAAAAAUUCGCCAUAUUGGAAAUGAAAAUAGCUGCCUCAGCAGUUCUUAGAGAGUUUGAACUAAAACCGGUGACAAAACAAUCUGACAUUGUAUUCCUUGCAGAUCUCGUUCUUAGGAACAAUGGACCAGUCCGUGUCAAAUUUGUCAAGAGAAAUCAAUAA